ACCAGAGUAGUGAAAUCCAUUCGCGAGCUCCACAGAGAUCCAAUAGUUUCAAUUGAAUGUGUUAAUUGUCUCGAAGUGUAUGCAACUACGUGUUAUUCAAAUUCAUAGACAUAAGUACAUAGUUGAAUUUCGAUUCUAGCUGAACUAAGGAAGCAAAACCAGAACACGUACCUUAAGUUCGAAGAGAAACGGAACAGAAGUGAUACUUCAUUAUUGAGAAGAGAGUUCAAUGUGUUAACCAAAUCAUUCAGAGAAGAACGUAACUAACAUUGAUACAAGAUGCAUAUUGAGGUUCAAGUAGCUUUGAAUUUCGUGAUAUCGUACCUGUACAACAAACUCCCCAGGAGGCGGGUCAACAUAUUCGGGGAAGAACUAGAAAAAGCCUUAAAAGACAAAUUCCAGGGACACUGGUAUCCGGAAAAACCGUUCAAGGGUUCAGCUUUCAGGUGCUUGAAGACGGGUGACCCGAUUGACAAGGUAUUGGAGCGCGCUGCGAGAGAGAGCGGAGUUCCUAUUCAGGAUAUCUUGGAGAACCUUCCUCAGGAGCUCGCAGUUUGGGUGGACCCCGGUGAAGUCAGCUACCGCAUAGGCGAAAAAGGAGCCGUUAAGAUCCUCUUCAGCGAUAAAGGCGAUCCGCUCGAAGACCACUCCGCUGACAGGGAAGUUACCAAAACCUUCAAUCCUGAAGCCCAGUGCUUCAGGCCGAUAGAGUGCGUGACGUCUAGCAUGAAUAACCUGAGUAUCUCGCCAAAAGCGCUUACUCCCUUCGCCAAUAAUCCCCAGAACAACACGGUUGGUGUUCAGCUUCAUCAGCAAAUGCCAAUUCCGCCUCACAACGGAAAUCAGCAGCUUCCAAAUAAUACCAACCACCAUUCGUCACCCUCGUUGGCUCCAUCGCCUACCCUUAACAACUCUUACAAGGGUUCGCCGUCGCCUGUGCCUGCUUUCAUACCCAGGACUACUACGCCGCUCACUUUCACGACAGCAACGUUUGCUCAAACGAAAUUCGGCAGCACCAAACUCAAGACAAGCAGCAAGAGAGCUAAUAGAUUGGAACGUGCCAGUUGCAGUGUUAAUGCGGACAUGGUAAAACCAAGGUUGGGGUACAACUUUAAUAAUAAUUCAAUGUCUCCAACCGAAUUCUCUAACUACAUCAAGCAGCGUGCAAUGCAGCAGCAGAUCCAUCAGCCGCCUCCUCAUCACUCCCCAGCAAGCCGCGCCUUGUCUCCGGAUCCAUCAGCGUACUACUUCCCCCACAACCACUAUCCACCUCAGUUUCCCCCUCGCUCCGUAUUCGAGUCUUCCAAUCAGUUUUUGAGCCCUGACGUGUACUCUGGAAAACUUCCCUUCGAGCACUCUACACCAGUAGGUCCCUAUUACCCCAACAAUGGACCCGUUGGAGCUCCGCAGUCUGCUCCAACCACUCCCCAGGACAACGGAAAGCUUUUGGACAACAACUGGCCCUACCCUUCUGCUGGACAGUAUCAACAUCUCCUUGUGGCCAACUGAGGAUCUUCAUAGGCAAGGGAUUUUUUAGUAUCAGAUAUUUGCACUCACUUGAGGGGGAUCUGAGGUUGGAGUAUACACAUUGAAUCAUUAGGGAAGGGUCAACUAAUUGAAUGUAAUUUGCCUUGUUGGAAUCAUUUAUGCUUGAGGCUGGACCUCAAAGUCAAAAAAAUUUAUUAAUAAUUUGUUUGACAAAUAAUAAAUAAUAUGGUAUAAAAUGAUCAAUGGUUACAUUGUCAAAGCAAUCUAGAAAUAUGAAUAGCACAAAGACAGGUUUUAAUGUCUUUUGAUAUUGGGAAUUCUACAGAAGAGUUGACUAGUGUUGCAUUAACCUUUUCGAAAAUUGUUGCUGUUUUAAGUAACGAUGAAGUAGUUAAGUAUUAAGUAACUACGUCAAUCUCUUAUUUGAUAAUCAAUCAGUGUAUACAAUCAACCCACAAUUUCAAUCUAAUCGCAGAUAUUCUCCAUUACCAACACAUAAAAGUAUGGCAAUACUAAAUUGUUCAAUUAGUUCAUAAGUUGACACUUCUUAAAUAGGUGUUUGUGUGUAUUUACCUCAUUCAAUAUUAUAUCUUCUCGGGCGAUUCUACUUUUCCAUUUUGUGGUUUUCUUUUCUAUUCCAACCAGACGUAUCACCAAAAAUACAACACUCUGAACAAGGGACUGAAUUAAUGAUAUUGCUUGAAAUAUGUCAAAUAAUAUAAUGCAAAGGAAGAUUGCUGGAUAGUAAAGACAAAUUUUUAUUUCGUUCUAUAAUAGUGGAUAUAUGUCUAUGUAUGAGUGGUUAAGUAACAUAUGUUUCAUCCAAAAAUUAAAACUAAUUCGUUUAUGCGACAAGAGAGAUUUUCAAUUCAAUGAAUGUUUCUGUUUGUUUUCUAUUUCUGUAGAUAAAUUAUUAAAGUUGCUAGGAAAAUGAUUAGGUGAAUUGUAUAUAAUAGUUUUAGUUUUGAUAAAAUAAUCUAAUAUCUAAACAUUAGAGAUGUUAAUAUUGGAAAAAAUCCACUUAGAAAAAUAUUUCUGAUCUCUAACUGUUGAAUUAUUUGUAAAUAACCUAAUUUAUAUUUUUUGUAUUGACAAUGUUAUAAACUAGUUAGUCACUUUUCUAUUUUUGAUACUUGCAUAAUAAUUUAAGUGAACUAUGUUUGUCUGGCACAAACUAGUGGAUUCAUUUCCUGAUUUUUUUUCCAAAGAGUUAUUAAAUAAUUGUACGAGUUCACUCAAAACUUUGAACGAGUGAAUAAUUGCUAAAUAUUGUAUUAU